AUGCGGAAUUACAUUUCUGGUGCAGUGAGUAUGAUACGUGUGGAAGUGCAGAAUGCUGAUGUUUCCAUCAGUGAUGAAAGGAUUAUUGGAAACCCCCACGGAAACUCUGGGACGAGCUUAAUUCUUUUGUCUGAUGAUGAUACAGGUUUUAUGCCUUACAGAAUUGAUAAUUUCUCUAAGGAGAGACUACGAAUUUACCAACAACGGUGUGAAAAUUUUGAAACUAUAAUCCACUCUUACACAUCUUGCCCUUAUGCCUGGGAUGAACCCUGUUAUGUGCAUCGUCUUAUUGUUGAGGUUGCUGGCGAACGCUUCAUAGGGUCAUAUGCUCUUGAUGAUGUAAAAGAGCACAGGCAUGUAUACUUACCUUCAACUUCUGAGAAACCUGAAAGAACUUUACUUGUUUCUGUCCAUGCUGAAGGAGCGACGAAGGUUCUCAGUAUUAUUGAUUCAAGUUAUCAUAUUUUGAAUGAUGAGAAGGGUUCACCUGUUCCCCGGUCAAAGGAGAAAAGAAAACAUGACCAGAAACAGGAAACUUCUGUUGAUUACAGCGAAAGGAUAUCAGUUAGUCUUCCUUCCAUUGGAAUCUCCAUAGUGAAUGCUUACCCACAGGAGUUGCUUUUUGCCUGUGCAAAGAACACAAUGAUUGAUCUUGUCCAGAGUAUGCAUCAACAAAAGUUUUCAUUCCAAAUUUCAUCCUUGCAAAUUGACAACCAGUUGCACAAUACUCCAUACCCUGUUAUCAUGUCCUUCAACCAGGAGCAUAAAAGCAGUUCAGUGGGCCUGAUGAAAACUAAGGAGAACACCACAAAGAUGAAAAGUGAAAGUGUGACACAAAUUAGAACUGAGUGUGAACCCGUGCUCUCCUUAGCUGCAGCAAUGUGGAGGAAUAAAGAUGUAUCAUUGGUGUCGUUUGAAUAUAUAAUCCUAAGAGUAGCAGAUGUUCGCCUUGAACUUGAGCAAGAAGUGAUAUUGAGCUUGUUUGAUUUCUUUAAAACUGUCUCGUCACGGUCUCAGAGCAAUUUUUUGUCAUAUAUGGAUUCCACUCUACAACCUCUUUUCUCCAAAUUGGGUUGUGUAAGGGAGUCGGCUCCAUAUGCAGUGGAUCAUGAGUUUGUCAAAGCAAAUAGGGAUCGUGAAACAAACCCUAUGCAUUUAUCAGUAGGUCCAAUUGGUGCCCCUUGGCAGCAAAUUUACCUCCUGGCUAGAACACAGAAGAAAAUAUAUGUUGAAAUGCUUGAUUUGGCCCCCAUUAAGUUGACUCUAAGCUUUUCCAGCGCCCCAUGGAUGCUUAGACAUGGGGUUCUUACAUCUGGAGAAUCUCAUAUCCAUAGAGGUCUUAUGGCUCUUGCUGAUGUUGAGGGAGCACAAAUUCAUCUUAAGCAUCUGAUAAUUACACAUCAGUUGGCUAGCUGGGAAUCCAUACAAGAGAUCUUCAUCAGGCAUUACAUGUGGCAACUUCUUCACGAGAUCUACAAGGUGUUUGGCUCUGCUGGUGUUAUAGGCAAUCCCAUGGGAUUUGCAAGGAGUGUGGGCCUUGGCCUUAAAGAUUUCUUGGCUGUUCCAGCCAGGAGUGUUUUGAAGAGUCCUGCUGGACUUAUUACAGGCAUGGCACAAGGCACCACAAGUCUAUUAAGUAACACAAUUUAUGCCUUAAGUGAUGCUGCCACUCAAUUCAGCAGAGCCGCGCAGAAGGGUAUUGUUGCAUUUACAUUUGAUGACCAUGCUGCUGCUAAAAUGGAAUAUCAACAAAAGGGUACAUCCUCAAAUAGCAAAGGCGUGAUUAAUGAAAUUUUGGAGGGACUCACUGGUCUCCUCCAAUCACCAAUUAAAGGAGCCGAGAAACAUGGGCUUCCUGGAGUUCUCUCAGGUGUAGCCAUAGGAGUAACAGGGCUUGUGGCCAGACCCGCAGCCAGUAUCCUUGAGGUCACUGGCAAAACUGCACAGAGUAUCAGAAACCGAAGCAAGCUACACCAGAAGAGAAACCAGCGCCUUAGGCUUCGUCUCCCUCGACCUCUGAGUAGAGAAUUUCCCAUGAGGCCUUACUCUUGGGAAGAAGCAGUUGGAACAUCGGUUCUUGCAGAGGCUGAUGAUGGCUUGAAGUUAAAAGAUGAGACUUUAGUCAUGAGCAAAGCACUUAAACAGGGUGGUAAAUAUGUUAUUCUCACCGAGAAACUAAUCUUAGUUGUUUCUUGCGCCAGUUUGGUGAACUUGGGUAGGCCCGAGUUUAGAGGCAUUCCUGCUGAUCCGGAGUGGGUGAUAGAAUUAGAGAUUGGAAUGGGUAGUGUAAUCUACGCUGGUAUUGAGGAAGAAGUGGUACAUAUUGUUGGAAGCAAUUCAGAUACAUUGUUGAGGCAAAACCAGCACAAACAAAAAAGAGGGGGUGGAAAACAAUCCCCAAACCCACUACCACUUUUUCAAACCAUCUUGGAGUUCACAUGCAAGGAAGAAGCAGCGGACUUUUUACAAGUACUAUUGUCUACAAUUGAGAGGGGGAAAGAACAAGGUUGGGAGGGUGUGUAUCUUCUGCAUCAGAGUCAUCUCAAGUAA